AUGACAGACACGACUGCACUGCCAAUGCGGUCCACCGCCUCGUGUUUGCAGGGAUUUACGGAACAUCGGUCCAUCGUUGUUGGGCCAAACCGCAGUAGAAGUAGAAGUAGUAGUAUUACUAACGGCAAUACCAGCAAUAUCAAUAACAACUAUUCUAAUAAUAAUAAUAAUAAUAAUAAUAAUAUUCAUAAUAACAACAAUGACAACAACACUGGCAUGGGUUUGAUGGGGACAACAGAGAGUCGUUCAUUUCGUGUGCGAGUGGCGCAGUCUGCCACGACUAAUAGUAAUAAUAAUAAUAAUAAUAAUAGACCGUUCAACACACCGACCAAACAACCAUCGCGGGGUUUAUUAGAAGAAACAGAUGUGUUGAACUACCGUAGAGGCGGUUCUAUUCCACACGAGCUGCAAGAACCACGCAUAGAUGGAGAAGACUCCUCUUAUGCCCGUGUCCGUCAAUCACUAGAGACAACACUGCGGGAUCGUGAAAAGGAACUGGCGGCGGCCCUCCAGCGUGAGAAGACACUCAUCAGUCGAUUACGGGUUUCAGAGGAGACACGGGUGUUGUAUCAACUCUACACCCAACGACUGCUGGAGUUAUUGCGAGUGCAGGAGUGGAGUCAUCCACUGCCGUUUGUGAAGAAUAGUGAAGUGAUUGAUGCCCUCCGUGAGGCCAUACACUCUGGAGAGAUUGUUAUGAUGAGUGAAGACUCUACACACACACAGGAGAGUAAUACAGAUGGUACGAUAUCCACAAGCAUGUUGACAUCAUCUCCUUCCACACCCGCUUCAUCUAUACAGUUAACAAAUGCCACACUACUCACAUCCGCCAUGUUGGAAUCUAAAGUAACGAAUUGUCUUUUACACUUAAAACGAGAGAAAGUAAGACGACAGGAAAGUAUGAUGCAAACACUUCAAACAGCAUCCAAUACAUUUGUUGAGGAAAUGGAGGCGAAACUCGCUGUUCUCUCAAGUGCACUUCGUCAAGUUGAACAACGAGUUGGGGAACACGUGGCGACCACAACAGUUACUCUUCAACGGCAUGUGCGGAAUACACAAAACAAUGGAUUAUGUAUAGAACAACAACAAGAGGAAUUACGGCGAUUGAAACAAGAGUGUGUGCGAUACCAGCGAGAACAACAACGCACACAAGGAGAGAUGACAGCAUUAAAGGAUGAACUCGCACGUUUAGAUGGUGAUCGUGAGGCGGCGUUAAUUAUGCACCGCGCCGCGGAGUGUUUAGAAGAUGUUCGGCAGAGUGUACGGAAUGCCGUGCGGGGGGCGGCCCACUCAAUUGAACAGUCCACAUUAGAGAGUAAUACACUAAAGGAACCGUUUAUACAAUCUAUGCGUGUCAUUGCGGUGAAGGUGGAGGCACAUGCAGAUAUGGCACGAACAGCUGUAAGGCGUUGGCAACAAGAAUACCAUAUUAAUAAUAAUAAUAAUAAUAAUAAUAAUAAUAAUAUUAAUAAUAAUAUUAAUUAUAAUAAUAAUAAUGUACGAGAGGCAUUUCGCACGGAUGUGGAUAUGGAUGCUGUUCACCGUUUAUUACUGAGUCCCCCACGACGGGUGACUCGCAGUUGUGAACAAUCAUCACUACUACCGAGAGACGAUAAUGUGGGGAAUUCGAAUCUCAUGAUGUUGGAGGAACUCGCACGGGUGAUGAAGAACUUAUGUCGACUAUUAGAGAAUAACGCACGUCAAAUGGAGACAAAUACCGCAAAAGUAACAAAGAGUAUAGCGGAUUGGGAAAAGGCCAUUGUAAAGCAAAUGACGGAUAUUUGGGAAUGUAUGCGGGCGGGGCUUCUCGAACACGGUGUGAUUCCCCCAACCUCCACACAACACCGUCAACUCUGCGGAGAGGCCCCAUUGGCGCUUGGCGAUCAUCACUACACCGAUGGGAGUACCACCGCCGCUUCUACACACAUUCAUCACAUCAACAGUAGUAGUAAUAGUCACAGUGAUAACAACACCAGCACGAAUAUCAACAUCAACCACAACCAACAUCAUAACAGCAGUAAUAGCAACAAUAAUAACAAUACCAAUCGUGGAUCUGUAUUACCGCUUUCACAGACAAACUAUACCAACAAUACUACUACUACUACUACUACUACUACAGUUGCGGCUCCCCCAUCAAAAGUCAUCAUGGGUCGCAAUGGAAGUAUAAGCACAUCCUGUGGCCAUACACACUCCAUGAGUGGAGUUCCAUCAUACUCCAGUUCAACCAAUGCAAGUAGAGCCACAAGUGCAAUGACGUCGUCUGCGGCUCCAUCGUGGAAUCUUCCAUCUGCAGUUUUGUGUGAAGUGGAGCGAACACCCGAUUCACGUUCACACCGUGAUAAAGAUUUUCUCUCACCACCAUCCAUCAACGUCUCACGGGCACCAACACCACCACCACCAUCAUUCCAAUCGCAAGGUCUGCGAACGGCGACUAAUCUCUUUCAGCAUCAGCAGCAAGACCGUAUUGUGGAUAUUUCUCCAUGCAAAAUUCCAUCAUCUGGGAAUGGAUUGUCAACAGUACCAAGACUGCAUUACACAAGAGAAAUAGAGAAUCUGGAAAGUAAUAGUGCACGUAGCGUCUCUGGGGCUAUUCUUCCACGCCGUACACAGACCUUUUCUUAG